AUGGGGACGAAUUCUUUAGAAAUGCUACAGAGUCGACUUCUCCUGACUAUCUUCGAGAUCGGUCAUAGCAUAUACCCCUCGGCAUACAUCUCCACUGCAGCCAAUAUACGCGCCGCAGUCUCCCUAGGGAUUGGUGCUACCUGCAAGGACCUGCGCAAGGUCUUCCGGGACCCACAGAAAGUCGAGGAGGCACGACAGACUUGGCGCGGCAUCGUCAUAACGGACAGAUAUGUCUCGCUGAAAAAUGGUCAAGCAUCCAAUACUCACAGUUGUCAAUCCAUAGCUGCGAUAGAGGGCCAGAGGGGCUCUGAAGAUUGGGCGAAGGUAGAAAUGGAUUCAUUCACAAGGUUGGCCCACGCAUCCCAGCUCUUGGACCAGGUGCUCGUUCACAUCCAUGCGACCAAAUCGCAUCCCCUUUUCAAUGGCGCUGAGGCGGUCCAGAUUCUCAAAUCUGUAACCUCGUUUCUGGUGACCUUCCAAAGCGACAAUUCGAACCCGCCCCAUCCUCUAUCGGAUAGCGCAUUAGCAUUAUGUAGAAGUGCCAUGCUCGAAACUCUCGAAGUUGGAUCUCACAUGGCUGCCCCCGACAAUGAGGAUUGUAUCCGCACAUCACUCAAUAUUCUCAAGUCCCUCGUCCACGAGAUUGCGCGCGAGGGGGGGAAAUCUCUCCCCCGAUUGAGAUGA